GAGGAGGCUGAGGCAGAAAUUAAACGCCACAUCGCGGACCUCGUGUCGGGCGGUCUGUCGGGGGAUCUAUCUUUUGCAGGAUCCCUAAGCGCGAAUGGCCAAUAUCUGCAGACAUCAGUUAGCGCCAACGAAGAAGGCGAACUUCAGGAGUCACAACCGCCGGAGUACCUUGACCCCAACUUCUCCGUGGUCGCCCUGUUGAACAAUGAGGUGCUUGUAAACAUACCACAAGAUCUGAGCAUGGUUGUCGAUGGAAGCACGCUGACUUUCCUUCUUGAGCCAGAGGUUUGGCCUCUGUUUAUGCGGUUGGCUCAACUCUGCUCCAGUGUUGUCUGUUGUCGCGUCUCACCGCAUCAAAAGGCCUCUGUGGUGAAAGCCGUGAAGUCCGAACUGGGCGUCCAGACCCUGGCCAUUGGUGAUGGUGCCAACGACGUAAAUAUGAUUCAGUGCGCCGACGUGGGGAUCGGAAUCAGUGGACAGGAGGGCAUGCAGGCGGUAAUGGCCUCCGAUUUUGCCAUCAGCCGAUUUCGAUUUCUCAAGCGUCUCCUGCUUGUCCACGGUCACUGGUGCUAUGAAAAGCUGGCGAGAAUGACACUCUACAUGUUCUACAAAGAUGCUCUCUACAUACUCUCGCUGUUCUGGUACCAGUUCUUCAAUGGCUUCUCCGGCAGUGCGCACAUCGAUCAGCUCUCGCAAGUUCUCUUCAUGGUAGCCAUGACCAGUGUUCCACCCUUCGUCCUCGGUAUUUUCGACAAUCCUCUCGAUGCCAGCACGCUGAUGGCUAACCCGGAACUCUAUCGCAACGGACGAGACUCCAUGGUAGCGUUGGAACUCUCUAUUUUGACUUGCGACGCUGUAUUACAAUUUUCUAUGCUACUGCACUGCUUAAAAAUGCGCUUAUGUCUAGCUGAAGAGCAAUAA